UCCUCGUGAUGACAGCAAAUGACAGCACUGUUCGCUCCUGCAGAAACCAGUGUGAGACGGCUAAUCGCCACCAAACAACCCUUCUGACUCGAGAAAUCUUACGAUCAGCCGUGUGUAGAGGAACUGUGGACAACCGGCGCACGCUACUUACGCCCGUCAUUUAGCUCUCUGCCCGUGUGAGCUGGUGAAGAUGGUGAAGCCAGACAUCCACACUCUGGCCCACCACCUGAAGCAGGAGCGGCUGUACGUGGCAUCGGAGAAGCAGCUGAUCCAGAGGCUCAACAGCGAUGUGCUGAAGACGGCUGAGAGGCUGUACCGGGCCGCAUGGAUUGCCAAGCAGCAGAGGAUCAACCUCGAUCGUCUCAUUCUCACCAGUGCGGAGGCCUCUCCGGCUGAAUGCUGCCAACAUGCCAAAAUGCUAGAAGACACACAGUUUGUCGAUGGCUACAAGACUCUGGGCUUCCAGGAGACAAUCUAUGGCGAGUUCUUGGCCAGGUUGAGGGAGAACCCCAGGCUGGUGGCGUCCUGUCUGGUGGCAGGAGAGAGGCUGAACCAGGAGCACACCCAGGGGGUCAUCCAUACGGUCUUCACCUCACUUUUUGGCAACUGUAUCAUGCAGGAGGAUGAGAGCUACCUGCUGCAGGUGUUGCGAUACCUGGUAGAGUUUGAGCUGAAGGAAAGUGACAACCCUCGCCGUCUACUGCGACGGGGAACCUGUGCCUUCAGCAUCCUGUUCAAGCUCUUCUCCGAGGGCCUGUACUCAGCCAAGCUCUUCCUUACUGCCACCCUCCACGAACCCAUUAUGCAGCUAUUGGUGGAAGAUGAAGACCACCUGGAGACUGACCCAGCCAAGGUGACAGAGCGCCUCACUCCGGCCCAGCAGGAGCGCUUCGGAGAGAAGGGCUCUGAGGGCUACAAACAAAGGGUGCAGGCGGCUGUGGAGGCCAACGAAGCCAAGCUGGUAGCUCUGGUCAACAAGUUUAUCGGUUACCUGAAGCAGAACACCUACUGCUUUCCCCACAGCCUGCGCUGGAUCGUGUCGCAGAUGUACAAGACUUUGUCAUGUGUGGAGCGUCUUGAGGUGGGCGAGGUGCGCACCAUGUGUACAGACCUGCUGCUGACCUGCUUCAUCUGCCCAGCUAUAGUUAACCCAGAGCAGUACGGUAUCAUCUCAGACGCCCCCAUCAAUGAGGUGGCCCGCUUCAAUCUAAUGCAGGUGGGGCAGCUUUUACAGCAGUUGGCCAUGGCUGAUGAUGACGCAGACCCGAGGCGGAAAAGCAGUCUGUCCAAAUUUGACAAGAGUUGCGUUGCUGCCUUUCUGGAUAUUGUGAUCGGAGGAAGAGCAGUGGAGACCCCACCCAUGUCCUUGAUGAACCUUCUCGAAGGCCUCAGUAGGACUGCGGUCUAUAUUACACAUAAUCAGCUGCUCGUGCUGGUGGACUAUGUGCGGAGUGUGAUGGCAGGGGACCACCUUCGGGAGGAGGAGCACAUGGCUCUGGAGACCCUGCUUGCCAACGUGCCCCAGAAUCGAACCGUGAAGAGCAACAGUCUGGAGCUCACUCCCUCCAACCCCCAGCUCUCCCCAGCUACCACUCCUGCCAACAAGAAGAACAGGCUCCCCAUAGCGGAUUAUGGCUUUUCAUUACCAGCAGCUGCUCGCAGCCGCAGCCGUACCAACAUAGCCCAGGAGGGGGAGGCAGAGGCCAGCUCUCAAGAAUCCCUACAGGAGCUGAUGCCAGAGGAGGUGCUGGUGAUUUCACUAGGAACUGGUCCUCAGACUGUCCCUGGGAUGAUGUCAGAGAAUGAGGUUUUGAACCUGCAGAUGGCUGAUGGGACCCAGGGGGAUGGCCAUGCCGAUGAUACUAAGCUGCAUGGUAAACCAGACAAAACCCUGCGCUUCUCCCUCUGCAGUGACAACUUGGAAGGCAUCUCAGAGGGUCCAUCCAAUCGAUCUAACUCUGUGUCAUCACUGGACCUGGAGGGAGAGUCUGUUUCUGAGCUGGGUGCGGGACCAUCAGGGAGCAACGGGGUGGAGGCUCUGCAGCUUUUGGAGCAUGAGCAGGCCACCACUCAGGACAACCUGGAUGACAAACUGCGCAAGUUCGAGAUCAGAGACAUGAUGGGUCUGACGGAUGAUAGGGACAUCUCCGAGACGGUCAGCGAAACCUGGAGCACCGAUGUGCUCGGCAGUGACUUUGACCCCAACAUGGAUGAAGAUCGGCUGCAGGAAAUAGCAGGGGCAGCAGCAGAGAACAUGCUCGGCAGCUUGCUGUGUCUUCCUGGCUCGGGUUCAGUACUGCUGGACCCCUACGGCUCCACCAUCUCAGAGACCACAAGCGAGGCCUGGAGCGUGGAGGUCCUUCCCAGUGACUCAGAAGCCCCGGACCUGAAACAGGAGGAGCGUCUGCAGGAGCUGGAGAGCUGCUCAGGGGUUGGCAGUACCUCAGAUGACACGGAGGUCAGAGAGGUCAGCUCGAGACCCAGCACACCAGGCCUCAGUGUUGUCUCAGGCAUCAGUGCGACCUCGGAAGACAUCCCCAACAAGAUCGAGGACCUGCGGUCAGAGUGCAGCUCAGACUUUGGAGGGAAGGACUCUGUGACCAGUCCAGAUGGGGAGGAGUCAGGCCACGGAGCACACCAUCUGACAUCUCCACCCUCACAGACCGAUUCCUUACUGGCCAUGUUCGAUCCUCUCUCCUCCGCUGAAGGCUCCUCCACUGGAACAAUAGUGAGGCCUAAAGUGCACUACGCCAGGCCCCCUCACCCUCCCCCUGAUCCUCCCAUCCCCGAAGCCAGUGCCCUGGGGCCGGAGACGCGCCACUCUCUCUUCACGCCCCACUGCCUGGCCCAGGCUGAACUGGAGCACACCAAGCAGCGCCACUCCUUCCCUGACAGGCUGGUCCGUAGUCGCAGCUCUGACAUCGUGUGUCCAGGCCGUCGGCCCACAAGUGACCCCGGCCUCAACCGGCGGGUAGCAGUUGAAGAGCGUGACCCUGCCGGGGCCUUCUCCUUAGGACCGUCCUCAUCCCCCAGCAAGGACUCCCUGAAAGGAGAGGCUGAGGACAGGAAAGACAGUGACGAUGAGAAGUCUGAUCGCAACAGACCAUGGUGGAAGAAACGUUUUGUGUCUGCCAUUCCCAAAGCUCCGAUACCAUUUCGGAAAAGGGACAAGCAGGAGAAAGACGACGUUGCCCAGGAGCGUAUCCCACAAGAUGACCCAUUGCCCAGACAAAGCUCUCAAGCGCAGGCAGCUGAAGACAUCCUGGACAAGUACAGGAACAUCAAGAGGACCAGCCCUAGUGACGGCGCCACAGGUGGAGCGUCUUAUGAUGGUACAGGAGAUCUUUGUGUUGAGGACAGCGUGCAUGACUCUCCUAGAGAAGACACUCUGCAGAACAUUUCCACAGACGACCUUCUGGACUCGGCCAGCCAGACAGCGCGGCAGCAUGACUCCAAGUUCUCCUUCAGUGAUGCAAAGAAGAAGCUGAGGUUGGCGUUGUGCUCUGCAGACUCAGUGGCUCUGCCCAUCAUGGCUCCUACAACCACACGAAAUGGGCUGCCUGACCACUUGGACUCUGAAGACAAUGAGAUCGUCUGCUUCCUGAAGAUCCAGCUAGCAGAGGCCAUCAACCUUCAGGAUAAGAACCAGAUGGCCCAGAUCCAGGAGACCACGCGCUGUGUCAGCCGCUUCGACGCACGCACCUGCAGGAAGCUGCUUGCUGCCAUUGCGGAGGAUUACAGAAAGCGGGCUCCGUACAUAGCUUAUCUAACGAGAUGUCGUCAGGGCCUGCAGACCUCUCAGGCUCAUCUGGAGAGGCUCCUCCAGAGGGUGCUGAGAGACAAGGAGGUGGCCAACCGCUACUUCACCACUGUCUGCGUCCGGCUCCUCCUUGAACACAUGGAGUCCAAGAUGCUUGACUUCAUUAAAGCGUUCCAGGGGUGCACAGCAUCGGAUGACAAGACAGCAGCAGUGGAGGAUUUUCUGCGCUACUUGUACGGUGCCAUGGCCCGUGAUGCCAUUUGGCAGUACGCUAGCGAGGACCAGCUGCAGGACGCCCAGAUGGCUAUCGAGCGCAGCGUUAUGAACCGCAUCUUCAAACUGGCCUUCUACCCCAACCAGGAUGGAGAUAUUCUCAGAGACCAGCUCUUCCAUGAACACAUCCAGCGGCUCUCAAAAGUUGUGACGGCUAAUCAUAAAGCUCUUCAAGUCCCAGAGGUUUACCUGAAGGAGGCGCCAUGGCCCUCUGCUCAGUCUGAGAUCAGGACCAUCAAUGCAUACAAGACUCCACGAGACAAAGUCCAGUGCAUUCUGCGCAUGUGCUCCACCAUCAUGAAUCUCCUCAGUCUGGCCAAUGAAGACUCUGUCCCUGGAGCGGACGACUUUGUCCCUGUACUUGUCUUUGUCCUCAUAAGGGCAAACCCGCCCUGCCUGCUGUCCACCGUUCAGUACAUCAAUAAUUUCUAUGCCAGCCGGCUGAGUGGGGAGGAGUGCUAUUGGUGGAUGCAGUUCACCGCGGCGCUGGAAUUCAUUAAGACCAUCGACGAUCGCAAGUGAAGCAGAACAGCCACCUGUAUGGGCAGACUGCGGGGGAAGGAGCCGGGAGACUGGGAGACUUCCCAACCAACUGCUCCCUCUGCACAGCUUAUAAAACCUGGCCCUCAGCCUGCUCUUUAUUUGUAUAGCUUGUACAUAGCCAGAGACGUUGAGAGAUUACAAAAUAUAUAUUACUGUACGUAUGUGGACAAAUCCAGGUUUUAAGCCGUGGUGGGGAAAAAAAAAAAAACGGCCUUGGGGGAAAAAUUGGCAAAAUGUUAACUUUGAACCUGAUUUGGAUUUUUCCUUAUCUUUUUGUCUCUUUAAUCAUAUUUCACUUUUGGGGUCUGUAUUAGGAAUUGUAUAUAUAUAUACACAAUUACCAUUACCAUUAUGACAUUAAAUCAACCUAAAAGAUAAUCCUAUAUAAAGGGACCAGACUUCCUUGAUGUGAUCACUGAUCUUUUUAAACCCCCCCCAUCCGAGUGAGAGGGAAGGGCUUCCUAUUAAAUUACAAUAUAAUGUUUAAUUAAGUGCAUUGUAACGUGGGGAUUUACAGUGCGUGAUAGUUACUGAUGGGAUUUAGUGACUCAUAAACACUGAGAUCAAUUCACAACAACCAUAGCACUCAUAAGGUUAGUGUAUCAAAAAGUAGGGCAGCUUAUUUCAUGAAUUGUUUACUUCAUCUUAUUCCCAAAAACCAGUGUGUCAGUGACGAUUUGGACAUAAGGGCCCACAUAUUUAUAUGAAAUAAAAUGUAUUUAUUUCUGUAAUUCUAUUUAAUGCUUUGUUUAUCUCAUUUAAGGAAAAAAAAAAAUGCAAAGGCAUAUCAUGCCCAUUCAAGAUGUCUGUGGCAAGUGGUAUAAACUUGCUAGAAAAAAGCUUGAGUUAGGAAGGCACCUUAGCGAUGAGAAGCCCGUAGGUGGGGAUGCUGGGCGGUUAUGAUACAGGGUCGACUCAUGCACAGAGUAGCGGUGGCAUUUUUGGAAAUAUUGAAAAUAGUGCCUUUGAUGUGGGGCGCUCUGUACAGGUAGUUAUUUUUGACUUCUUUUUUUCUUUUUUUUUUUAAAACCCAGCAUAGGCAUUAUCCCCCCACCCCUACCCUCCCCCCCCACACACACACACACACACUCCAGUGGGCCAACCGCGCAUCGCCACAUCACUGAUUGUCAUGGCUCAGUCCCUUUAAUGCACUUGAGUUUGAACAAAUGUCCCCUUUGCUAUUCUAGAUCCUACCUCAGAGUUGAAACCAAUGAGCCUGAUAUCAGUCUGUACACAGUAUAACUGUCCUGCAUUGGUUGACAACAGAGUACUGGAUCAAUUUUGCACUGGUUAAAAAAUAAACAAAAAAAACAGUGAGGGGAUGGUAGGAAAAGUUGGAUAUAGAGCUGCUGUGAUGCCUGUUGUGGUCACAUCACCCUUAAUUAACACAAGCCUUUGUUAGCGAACAAAGACAUUUUAGUUUGUAACCUUAUACCUGAGAUGCCACAUGUGUCCUCAUGGGCAGACUAGUGAACUAUUGGAUAUUAGCUCUCUACCUCCUCUUAAGUUCAAGAAAGGGACUCGUGUUUAUGUGCACUUAUGCUUCUUUUCUUUCUUUCUUUUUUCUCCCAAUUUGGCGUGCUGUGAUAUCCCAGUGUCAUUGUAUCUUUCCAAUUAUAGUACAAGCAUGUCUUUAAUUAUCCAGAAAUGACUAAAACUCCUCUUCUCUUGAAAUCCUCUGCUUCAUUUUUGUGCACAGACGUGCCACGUGUAUUAUAGUUUUUUUUCCAUGACUUUUCACGGUAAACGACCCGACAGCACAUUACACAGUAGGAUAGAAGAGCAAAUAAUCAACACUAUUGACUUGUUACUGACUUGCAGUUUAUGCUAAAGUGGUUGGUGUAGUACGUGAGUGUGGUUUUUAUCUAGUCGAGUGUGUGUGUGUGUGUGUGUGUGUGUGUGUGUGGUGAGACGAUCGUGUGACUGCUUGACCCUCUGCCUCCUCUUGCAUGAAGUCAUUGUAUGGUCUGUACAUUCUCAAUCAUGAUGAACAGUAGAAUAGGAUUAGUAUCUGCCACAGGCCAGUAAUUGAACCUGCAAGAGGAUGCAAAGCUUCUCUUUGUGUCUGUGAUACCUGCAUAUCAGAACUCGAUGAUUUAUUUUGCACAAAACUGAUGUGUUUUCCUGAGCAAAUUGACAGGGAGCAGUGCAUUUAUCUGAAAUGUCAGUAACUUCUGGCCUUUUACCGUCAUUUCACAUAAACACAUUGUGAUUUAAAUAAUAUCUGAGUAGCUAAGUUAAGCACCUGACUGUUACUCUUUCAAGCUGAUGAGCGUCCACAUUUAUGGGGCGACAUCACAAAUGCAUUUUCAUAUCCGUCUACCGUAGCCAGAUUUGUAUGUGUCUGCGCAGUAUACUUCCUCGCCGGGUCUGUGUAAUCAAUUUGAUGAGAAAACCAUGCACUGGAAAAUCAGGUUGCAGGUUGCAUCUAUACUAAUUAGGUUUAUGUGAUGUCACUUUAAUUGGAAAUACAUACUGCACAAAUCUGAUGAAAUUAUUUGGACCUGGCUUAUGUUUCAGCGUCUCCUCAGAUAGCAGGUCACAGUGGCCACACGUGACCCCGGCGAAGCACUGAUCAGAACGCCGCGUCAUUUCCAUAAAAAAAAACACACACGACUGCGAGAGCGGCUGCGUUUUUAGCUCCGACUGUAUGCAAACCACUGCACGGUGGUGUCAAGUAAACCGACUAAAGAGUUGUCCGUUCCUCAAAGCUUUACUGCUCUGCUCCCUGUGCAAUUGAGUUUAAAGUCUGAGCAGAGAGAGAGAGAGAGAGAGAGAAAAGAGUUUUACAUCUUACAUCUAAUUUUACAUUUAAUUGUAAGCUUGCACAAUUAUGACAUGCGGGGAAAGCCGGUUUGUCUUUACUGUGAUUAAUGCAUUAUGUAAUUCUUUAAAAACAAUAAAAGAAGCAGAAGUUUUUUUUUUA